UCUUUCACACCUGGCCUCGCGCCGCCCCCGCACUCCCCCCCCAUUCCGCCGGCCGGGCAGAGUCGCGGCCGGCCCUUCCGGAAGUCCGCCGGGGCGGGUCGGAGCGUCCCAACGUUGCCUGGAUCCCUUCGCGCCAAGCAGAGAGGGCGCGACCGAGGGGCCGCCCUUUCACUGGAGCUGCAGCUGCCGGCGAAAGCUGCCGCGAGCGCAUGCGCCCGGGAGAUGCCAGGCCCCGGAGUCUGCCGCGGAGUUGCGGGCGGGAGCCCAAGCCGGCUGCGGGGCAAGUGCUCCGGGACGAGCCACAGCCUAAGGCUUGCUGCUGCCAGAGCCACCAUGAGCGGGAAGUCCUCUUCCUGGGCGACGGGGGUGUCGGCAAGAGCUCCCUCAUGAACCGCUAUGUGGCCCACAAGUUUGACUCCCAGGCCUUCCACACCAUCGGGGUGGAGUUCCUCAACCAGGACCUGGAAGUGGACGGACGCCUCGUGACUCUCCAGAUCUGGGACACGGCGGGACAGGAGCGCUUCAAGAGCUUGCGGACCCCCUUCUACCGCAGUGCGGAUUGUUGCCUCUUGACCUUCCGCGUUGAUGACCGGCAGAGCUUUGAGAACCUGGGCCACUGGCAGAAGGAGUUUACCUGCUACGCCAAUGUCAAGGAUCCAGAGCACUGUGGUGCUGGGCAACAAGGCGGACAAGGCGGAGAGGCAGGUGGCAGCAGAGGAGGCCCGGGCAUGGUGCCUGGCACAUGGCAACUACUCUUACCUGGAGACAAGUGCCAAGGAUGAUACAAGUGUGGGGCGGGGGCUUUUGAGGAAGCAGUGAGGCAGGCGCUGGCCUCGGAAGAGCAGCUGGAGCGCUGCGUCCUGGGCCGCACGGUCGAUCUGCACCGCAGUGCCAAGCCAGGCUCCUUGUGUUGCUGACAGGUGCCAGAGGAGAACUGGCUGCUGUUUACAGAGGGAG